AUGCAACGAAAGAAAAUGUCGUCAUCCAACUCUCCAUGUGCGGCGUGUAAGCUCCUUCGGCGAAAGUGCGCCGAGGAUUGUAUAUUUGCUCCCUGUUUCCCACCGAAUCAGCCUGACAAAUUCGCCAGUGUCCACAAGGUUUUUGGUGCAAGCAAUGUCGGCAAACUUCUCGGGAACUACACCCCUCGCAACGCCAAGAUGCCGCUAAUUCCCUUGCAUAUGAAGCCCAAGCUCGACUUCAUAACCCGAUUUAUGGCUCUGUAG